AUGUUCUGGAGCGGGCAGCACUUUGAGUUUUCAGACAUUCCUGACAUGACCGGCAAAGUCGCCAUCAUUACGGGCAGCAACACUGGGAUUGGCAAGGUGUGUGCGAUACAAAUGGCCAAAAAGAACUGUCAUAUUGUCGUGGCAUGUCGCAAUACCGAAAAGGGUCAAAAGGUGGUGGAUGAGAUCAAGGCGAUCACUGGCAAGGACGACAGUGCACGUUGUAUGAAGUUGGAUCUCUUGUCGCUUGCAGCUGUCAAAGAAUUUGCCGACGAAUUUACAGCAAAGUACGAUACACUGCAUUGUUUGAUGAACAACGCCGGUGUCAUGAAUUGUCCCUAUGGCCUAUCCAAAGAUGGUCUCGAGAUGCAAUUUGCAACCAAUCACGUGGCACACUAUUACUUGACCAUGCUUCUUUUACCAGUGCUCGAGAAAUCUGCUCCUAGUCGCAUUGUCAACGUGAGCUCCCAUGCACACUACAUGACUUGGGUGGCAGGCAUCAACUAUGAUACAUUGCAUGAUGAAAAAUGCUACAGCCGUUUCCUCCAUUAUGGUAAAUCAAAGGCUGCCAACAUUCUGUUUACUCGCGAGCUAGCCAAACGUCUCAAGGACAAAGGUGUUAAUAAUGUGUAUGUCAAUACAAAUCAUCCAGGCGCUGUGCAAACAGAACUCCAUCGUCAUGGCAACCUUAUUACGCGUGAUGCUGUCAGCCCCUUUUUUAUUACACCCGAGCUUGGUGCAUUGACACAGCUAUAUCUUGCAACCAGUCCCGAUGUGGAGACAAAGGAUAUCAAGGGUCAAUACUAUGUGCCGUAUGCUAAGCCAAGCACGCCCAACUACUAUUGUCGAUCCGACAAGAACGCCAAAGAACUCUGGGACUAUACUGAAAAGCUCUUGAAAGAAAAAGUACCUGGUUACCAAGGCUCCCAUCUAUAG